CUUAAAUGCAACGCACGACAACGAUGAAACUUGAAAUAACUUUCAUGUGCGUAGUAAGACAGCUUUCUUUCCGGAUGACAACUAUUUUCCAGAUGAAAUUGGGUAUUUCUGGCCAGAAAUUUGCAAAACGUGUGCCAAUCUUGUAUAUUUGAAGCCAUAUAUUUUCUGAAAUUUGGAAUUAAUUUCGAGACUGCACCGUGGGAUUUCUUUCACUGGCAUUACUGACACGCCUCAAAAUUCAAAGCUAUUUACACCGUUGCGGCUUCACUUUCAGUUUACUAACGUCCAAGGUAUCGAUGGUUCAGAGUCAAUUGUGGUCGCUCCAACACCGCCAUGCAUACCCUCUCAUCACUGUGUCUUUGCCUGGUGUUCUUCCAUGCAGAUGCUCAAUUUGGCUAUGGCCAAAUGCAAUGCCAGGGGAUGUCCAGUGAUGAUGCCAUUUUAACAGAAAAAAUCUACUUUAACAAGAUGCUUUAUCUCCAAUACAACAGCAGCGGAGGAAAGGUUAUUGGCCACACAAAGUCAGGAAGGGCAAUUGCAGACAUUCUCAACAGUGACGCUUUAUUGAAAGAGCAAAAAAGACAUCUACAACAAUGCAAGUCAUGGAUCACGGCUGCAUAUAGCACUUUAACAAAGAAAGUUGAGCCGAAGGUUCGAAUGCGAUUAACCGAGGCGCAGGCGGACAGCGAGCAUCCAGCGACCCUCGUCUGCAGCGUGUACAAUUUCUAUCCAAAGGACAUCUUGGUGACAUGGCUCAAGAACGGCGAGAAGGUUACGUCUAAAGUGACGUCCACCGAAUCCCUACCCAAUGGCAAUUGGCUCUAUCAGAGGCACUCAUAUUUGGAGUACACGCCGACGCACUGGGACAAAAUCAGCUGCGUGGUGGAGCACUCCAGCCUCGAGAAGCCGAGGAUUUAUGACUGGGAGGCCAUGCCAGAGUCUGUGAGGAAUAAGUUCAUAUUAGGAACAAUGGGUCUAAUUGUGGGUGUGGUUUCUUCAUCUGCUGGCCUGAUUUACUACAGAAGUAACAUGCCUGGGCAAGUGAGAGCGUCGACAAGUGGUGACAGAAGAGACGUCCAGUCAGGGGAGAGAGAGGAGGCUGAGACUCAAAUCUAUAACCAAGACUGGAGUGAAGGGCGUUUCCCUCCAGCAGGCCCACCUGUUCCGCAUUUACCAAUCAAGCCUGCCAUGAAUUUAAGCCCCGCCAAACUGCCCAGUCAGUUGUCGGAUGAUUGAUCUUGGUCGCUGUUGUCCUUCAAGUGUUGUAUUCUAGACCUCUUUACAGCUUACAUAGUCACUGUUAUUUUGUCAUACAACUUUGUAUUUUCAUUAUUCCUUUUUAUCGAUCUUGAUCUUUGGUUUCGCAUGAUUGGACUUGUGAUAUUUCCGUUGUGUAGUCUCGGUGUUCACUUCUACCUUAACCUUUGCAAGCACUUUUUGUUUUAUGCAUAUUUCUUUCUUGGCUCCUUGUGACCAGCAAUUACAGUUUGUACUUUGUUGGUGCGCAUUUCUGUUAUAGUUUUGUUAUCGUACUUUGUCUGAACCUGAAUUUCUGGAAUCCAAAACAUUAUUUGGUUUGAUUUUGAACCUGACAUUUGCAAAGUCAAAUUAUCUUUGAUGCCAAACUUGAUUGUUUUUUU